AUGGCCGGGAUUGAGGAAACCUUCGGAGCCCUGCUGGUUGGAGUGCUCAUCGGUGCAAUUUUCUUCGGGGUGACGAACCUGCAAGUGUAUAUCUACUUCCAGACAUAUGUGCAAGAUCGCAUAUGGACCAGAGCCACUGUCUGCUACCUCUGGGUCAUCGAUGCCCUCUGUGUUGCGUUUUCUUUCCACAUGAUGUAUUACUACCUCGUGAUCUGCUACUUCGAUCCUUCUGGCUUGGACACGAUCAUUUGGAGUUUCAAAGCCCAAGCUAUUUUGACUUCUCUUCGGUUCAAGCGUAAGUUGAUCUGCCAGGCACCCACUGUGACUAGUUUAACGAACAAAAUUUCAUGGAAGGCUGUAUGCUACGAGGAUUUGGGCACCCGCUAUGUACUACCAAUCGUCGUGGUAAGUACUCCCGUUUCAUCUUUGAACUCGAUGGUUCACGAGGCUUACAACCUUGCAAGUGUGUUCAUGGGAACUGUGAGCAAUUACAAUAGGAGCGAUAAGUCGCGGAUGUUGAGAAAUUACUCAUCUAUUGUGAAGUACAUCAACGGCCUCCCCGAACGCCGUGCUAUCGCGUGA